CCUACCUAACUGAAUUCUGAGUCAUCACAACUAAUGUGAUUUAUUAUCGCUGUGAUGGACGUGCCACUUUGAAUGGAUUCAAUGGAAUUAAAUGUGUUUUAAUGGUGCUAUAUUAAUUGGAUUUGAGGACAAUGAUCUGUAUUGCAGUCAUCUGUGUUGUGCAAGUAGUAAUUUUGCCAAUAUGCGGAUUUCUACACGAGCCGUCCAUACUUUCUUUGACACCGCCGACCGGUAUGGAACAAAAUUCAUACUUUGGUUAUAGCAUGGCAUAUGAAGAUAAAACGAUAUUGGUUGGAGCGCCGGCGGCUGAUAAAUUCGGAAAAGUAUUUAAAUUCAACCUUGCAAAGGGCACAAAAAGAGAUGAAAUAAUUUCGCCGCUGAAAAUGAAUGGGAAGUACGUCUUGGCAAAGCACGACUGGUUUGGAGCGACGAUCAAAAAUUACAAACCCGGCAGUUUUGUGAUAUGUGCACCACGGAAAAAACUCCCACAUAUUCAGGAUGGACAACCCAUGGAAAUAUCACGCGGCGAGUGUUACAUACAGUAUAUAGAUAAGUCUAAAGAACCGAUUACACUGGCGGACAUAGAAGAACAAGAGCGAAUAGACAGUAGUUUUAAUUACGGCACCGACUCCUUUGGAUGGAGUGUGAACGUCGAUGAUAACCACUCAGUAUGGGUCGCGAGUCCAGGCUUAGCUCCAAAUGUAAUUAAGAUUUAUGACGAAACUACUGGAUUACAUCGGACAAAGUACCUUACAUUCAACACAACAUCUAUGAAUAAUUUUGGAUACAGCAUAAUCAAUGGCAAAAUGUUAUCAGACACGGGACAUGAUUAUGCAGUUAGCACCACUUAUGGUGAUUACGGGGCAGGAAAGGUGUUUAUAUUCUCCAAGACAUUGAUUGAUUUACGCUACAGGAUAUUAAUGGAAAGCACACUGUCCGGUGACGACGUAUCUGUAGGAGCCAUGUAUGGCGCUGCGUUAUGCAAAGCUAAUUUAGGCGAUGUGCGCGACUCGUUGUUGGUCGGCGCACCAACAUUUGUAGCAGACUUCGAAGGGUUUGACAGAGGCGCUGUCUAUUUGUACGUACCGAGUGACAAUGGCGACGUGACACAGAGUUUUACUUUGAAGCGGAUUAUAAAAGGAGAGAAAGAUGCUGGUUACUUUGGCCACGCGAUAGCCAACUUAGGAGAUAUGGAUGGCGAUAUGAAAGACGAAGUGGUGAUUAGUGCCCCAUUCGAAGACGAAGGCAAGGGCGCCGUGUAUAUAUACUCCGGUGCGGGACUGCUUGAGAACCGCACAUGGAUGCAGAGGAUCCAGAGCGAAGCCAAAUCUUUCGGGCUUAGCCUCCUACCCUUGCCUGAAUACUCCGACAAUGCAUUAAAUGGAUUAUCCGUGGGGGCGCCACUAGGAAAUGUUGUUUACGUAUUCAAGCCCUUACCAUCUAUUACUAUAACCGUGGAUACAAUUUUUCCGAAUACGAAGACUAUCCGGAACGAUACAUCUCAUAUAGAUUUUGAAAUCGUUGUUAAUGUCGUUUAUCCCAGAGUUGCUAAAGACAUCAGUACAAUUCUUGGAGUUCAUUUUCAAAUAGAGCACCCCGAUGUAACACUCGAUGCGGAAAAAGAUAAUAUUUUAAAUUACAACAUAACAUUAGAUAAGGUCGAAAGACAUAAUAAAAAAUCGAAAAUUAUGACACCAAGUGAUGGAAACUAUGCUGUGCCCAUAUCAUACAUCUUGUCUGUGGAUUUGGUUGAUAAGGAUAAUACAUCGUAUGAAGGGAGAGUGAUUCGAAGCGAACGAAGCGUUACAUCCAAGGCGGGAGAGUUGUGGGUGUCCGAAUGCAAAACAGAAGUUUGUCAGCCGAAUUUGAUUGCAGAGUUUUACACCAAGAUCAAUGAUACAUACACAGUGGGUUCUUCUGACAAGGAGUAUUUCUCGCUCAUCGUCCACAACUCCGGUGAGCCGGCGUACAAUUCGUGUGCCUUGGUACGAGUGCAAGGAGUGAAGAUAGUACGCGCCCCGUCGUUUUGCGUGCUCGAUAGCGAUGAGAUGCUGUGUAGACCUAUGUUCCCGUUGCGUAGUAAUAAUGACUGGAAUAUCACAAACAUCGAGUUGGGAAUGGACUCUUUAACCAUUAGGAAAAAGGACGUGAACAGUAUAACUAUCCAGUAUGAAAUUUACAACAACUGCAGUAAUCGAGCUGAAAAAAUCACUGCCAACAAAUCUUUUGCGUUGCAUUAUGACUAUGGAAUACACUUAAUAGGGAAUUCCGCACCGAGUGAACCCAUUGAGAUAACAAGCAGCGACCUCGAAAACGUCGCACGAUUGCAACAUCAUUACACGAUCAUGAACAAUGGCAAACUAAUCUGGACGCAUUUAAAGUGGGAUUUAUUAUUAGAAAACAGAAACUAUAUACAGUAUCCAAAAAAUAUUAUGAUACGAAGAGGCGCAAAUUCGACAGAGUGUUAUUUCGAUGCAAAGAAAGAGACUAAAGACUUUCGUGUACAAUGUGAUAUUGGAGACUUGCUUAAAAACGACAUAUUAGAUGUGUUUAUAGAUGCUGAGAUUUUACCUAAUUUGUUAGAUGAGACGAAAGUGAUUGUAUUUUCACAGUUAACGUUAACUUUAUUGGAGGGCGAAUCAGUCACUAAAAAUAUUACAACGACAUUGGUUAUUAAUAGAAAAUCUGUGUCUUCUUGGGUCAUCAUUAUAGCGUUAUUAUUUGGAUUGCUGAUCCUACUUCUGAUUGGAUGCAUAUUAUACAAGUACAAUUGCUUUGAGAGGAAAGAGAAGAAGAAGUUGGAAGAUUUGAAAACACAGAAAGAAAAUCGUGAGGGUAACGAACUUGCUGAAGGUGAAGAUGUAAUCUUAGGGGUAGAGCCUCACAUAGGGUCCAAUGUAGAUCAUGGCGGUGACCACAACGAAGACCACAGCGAUGCAGAACUAAUAAGUCAUUGAUGUGAAAAUGUUAACUAAUUUAAUGGAGUUUAGUUGUCAUAGAUCCAAAUACGUGUUCAUAGAUGUUUAUUUAAAUUAUGUUAUUAAAUAUAAUUUCUAA